AUGCGCUGCACCGCAGUGCUCUUGUUCUUAGCUUGUGGCCAGUACGCAUCUGCUGGCUACAAUGUUGUUCAGUCCGCCUACAGCAACAGCACUAUCCGCGUAAAGAGCUGGUCUGCCGACGACAAAUCUCUUUGCGAUGGAGGCAGCCGACACCAUACCGGUUGGGUUGACGUAGUCAACAAGCAUACAUUCUUCUGGUUCCAUGAAGCUCGAGCCGGCAUUGAGAAUGCCCCGUUGCUCCUCUGGGUUCAGGGAGGGCCUGGUGGAAGCGCUUUAGCCGGCAUGUUUCUCGAGCAUGGGCCAUGCCUCAUGGACACGAAUGAUUCCACCGCGUUCAACCCCCAUGCCUGGACCGAGGCCUUCAAUGUGGUAUACGUGGACCAACCUGUAGGAGUCGGGCUUUCAUAUGUCGACGGAAACGACGAGGCGUUUUAUCCCAACCGUACUGAAGAGUCAACCCUGCACCUACUAAGCUUCCUCAAUUUAUUUUACGAGGCCUUUCCCAAGCUGCAACUCCAGGACCUUCAUAUCUCUGGUGAAUCAUACGCCGGGCGUUUUAUCCCACUCUUUGGCGCCGAGAUCUUAAAGUUCAACGAGUGGGUUCCUGAUGACGGUCACCGUAUUCCUCUAAGAUCUCUUAUGAUUGGAAAUGGAUGGACAAGUCCUAAAGACGUGCUUCCCGCCUGGUACGAUGUCGCCUGCUACGACUACCGCGGCUAUCCUCCACACCUCGACGAAUCCGUAUGCGAAUAUCUUUUGCCACUGGUCGAUAAAUGCAGGACAGCUCUGAAGACUUGUGCCGCUACACGAGACACUGAUAUGUGCGUAAGCACGAACUCAAUCUGCAAAGACCAGUUCGCCGACGUUGUCGAGAACAAUACUACUCGCAGUGCUUUUGACCGGCGACUACGGAAUUGCAAUGACGGUGAAACUUGUUUUGGUAAAAUGCCUCCAUUAAUUAAUUAUCUCAACUCGCCCAAGGUCCACAAAUCGCUCGAGCUCCAGACUCAGACAGGCGGGUUGAAGUCGUCCUGGUCGCUUUUGGACGUGCCUACGGCAAACAGGUACAUGGCCGCUGGCGACUAUCAUUUCCCUUCAGUCCUGGAAUUGGAGAACAUAUUGAACUAUCGCCCAAGCUCCACUGAACGCCCUGUAGAUGUUCUCUACUACGUUGGCGUGGCGGAUAUUGUUUGCAGCCCCCUUGGCGUCCAGCAGACGUUGGAAGGUCUCCAGUGGCCGGGGAGUGUCGAAUUUCAUGCUGUUCCGUGGGCAGACCUCCCAUACAAAACGGCAGCCAACGGCCCGGGUGGCCGUGUCAAGAGCGCCAAGUCAUUGACACUAAUGGAGUUGGAGGAAGCUGGUCAUUUGGUUCCGCUCGAUCAACCAGUAAUGGCACUACAAAUGGUGAAAGAUUGGUUGAGAUAUCUAGAGACUGGCGUCCCUUUGACCAGAUCCGAAUCCAGUAGCCACUCUAGCGAAGCUGCUGCAAGCAGAAGCAAGUUUGUGGUUCAGGAACUUUGA